AUGACUUGUCCCGUCUGGGAGAGGCUGCGUAACCCGUGCGGCUGGCGCGCGGGCGCCAAGCAGAUCUCCGUGGACGCGAUGCUGCCGCUGCUGGUGGUGCCGAUCCUCGCGGUGAUCGCCGCCCAGGCCUUCCUCUGCACGGUCGUCGUGUUCCUGGUCACGCCGGUCCUCGUCUACUACCUGCACCACAACUUCCUCAGGUUUCUACUGCGCACCAAGUUCUUCCUCAUGUGGACUAUCACGAGCGUGCUGAUGAUGAUGCUGGUGUUCGAGAUUAGCGUCGUGCCGCUGCUGGAGAUCCUGCCCGAGGAGAAUCUCCUGUUCAUGGUGUGCGUCGUCGGCGGCAUGUGGUGCGGCUACAAGACCAAGCUGAACGCGGACGCGACGGCGACGCAGGAGAGCGCCGUCGUCGGCGGCACGCAGAGCUUGGAGCUGGGCGAGGGCAGCGGCGAGCUCUGCGCCACGUGCAGGAGAAGGGCGCCGCCCAAGGCCCAUCACUGCCGCUUGUGCCAGACCUGUAUACUCAAUAGGGAAUACCAUUGCAAAUGGCUGGAUUGCUGCAUAGGUUCCAGCAACUUAAGGUGGUACUUAGGCUGUUUAUUCUUUUCCGCAAUCGCUUUUAUAUACGGUUCCAACUUAACUAUGACUAGCGUCUGCCAUCCGUUCAUUCUCAUCGGAACCGUGCUCCUCCCGGAUGACUGCAGCGACGUGUAUCAUCAGUUGGACAUCGCGCUCUGCUUCGUCUCCGCGCUAUACAGCCUCUUCGUGGGCCUGGUGCUCCUUUGUUAUCUCACGUACCACCUAUGGCUGCUGUACAUCGGCACGACGUCGAACGAGCGACGGAUGGACAUCAAAAAUCAGUACGACCACGGGAUGCUGAAGAAUGUAUCUCGGCUGUUCUGCUGCAAAACUUAGGGACGCUAUUUGUAAGCUAGGAUCACUGAAUUUUAUUUCACACGGUGUAUGCAUUACACUCUGUACAAAGGAUUACGACGAAAUCAAAUUUGACAAACUAGAAGAACGGUAAGGCCAAAUUAUUUGUCAUAGCGUUAUAAAGCCGUAGGUAACAAAUAAGGGCCGUGACACACGCAAAAACUUAAGCAAAAAAAAAAAAGAAAAACGUAAGCACAAUCGACUAAUCACAAUUGAGACUUUAAGGCCAUAACGUAAAUAGUAGCGAAUCCAACAUGUUGAUUUCUUUGCUGCUUACGUCUCACUGCUCAAGCUUUUCUGCGUGCCGUGGCCCUUAGGCCACUUGAGACAAGUGAAUCAGAAUGCGACAGUUAAGAUCGGACUCGAUUGCACACUAUUCUUCAUCCAACAUAAUCUUGAUAUCUGACGAUUCAUAAUUCAUGAAAAGUAUAAUAGAUAUUACUUCCAUAAUAUUAUACUUAUGAAAUCAUGUUCGACAUAUCACGAAGCAUCAAAAUCUAUUACAUCUGUCAUCCUUAAUGUAUCGCAUUGUGCAUACCAUUUGUAUAUUUAAUGUAACUGUGAUAAAAUGGCCAUUGUACGAGUAAUAUAGUAAAUUGUAUUGAGUACACGCAUACACACACACAAACACGUACACAUACAUACACAUAAAUACAUACAUACAUAUAAAUACGGUUCUAAAAUAUGUUCAAGUAAAAGGAAAUUUAAAUACGUA